AUGCUUGUGUCCAGGGCGGUUCACAGUUCAGUUAAUGGGACAACAGCCAUCCCAUGGAGGAGCAGCAGGAAGAAAAUGUCAUUCCUGGAUCAGCUGAAAGGCUGCCAGGAGGCUUGGUGCCCUGGGGGAGCCUGGGAUAGAAAGGAGGCUCAUGCUGCUCUCUGUGGGACACCUGCUGGGAGCUUCCUGGUUUUGCGGGACUCUGUGACAUCUCAGCCGAGUCUGCUGUGUGUUUCUGCUGGAGCACAGAAUGAGGAAGUUCUUGAUUAUAAUAUCAAAUGCACAGGAGCAGUUUUCCAGCUGUCUGAGUCUCAUUUGUCUUUCUCUGACUUAACUCAGCUGGUGCUCUUCUACUCUCUGACCAGGGAUGUGCUGGCUGUUUGUCUCCACAUUCCUCGCUGGAUCUGCAGCGUGACGGAUACAAACAAAGACCGUCUCUCUCAGCUUGAACCUAAAACUUGGCUUUCCGCACCGCCUGACCAACAGAUUGAUGAAAUGUCCCACAGGGAGCCAACCAGUAUGAUGUGUUCCAUACAGUUGACUUCCACAAACGGAGCCCUGUGUAUCAUCAAUCCCCUCUACAUUCGUGAACAUGGAGAUGACUGGUUAACCCACAGGCCCGCUGCCUCACAGCCAUCAAAUUACAGACGAGAGCGACGCCUCAGCACCACCCGACAAUGGGUAGGGGCAGGGCUACAAAGUAAACGGGCCAUCUCCUUGGAGCAGGAAGCACCUGCUGCCAAUACAGAGAGCUCAGGUCUAAUCAGAGCCUGUUCAGCUGAUUCAGCACCAGCUGAGCAAACACCAGCAGGGGUGGUCCUCCGGCGGCCCAGUCGAGAUCUAACUAUCACCCAACUUCACAGAGUGAGCACGGACAGCCUGUCUUCAUCCACUCCCUCCACCCCCAGAAGUGGAACACCAGAACUGCAGCGCCAUAGCAGCCCUGUGCCUCAGUCUCCUCACAGGGUGUCCUGGAUUGAGGAUGGAGUCUGGCUGCCUCCACCCAGGCCUUCCUCUUUGCUCCAGCCCCCGUCACUUGAACUUGACUCGCUUUCAAUCAGCAGCAUAGAGGAAGAGCCAGAGUCCCAAAUGCUAAACUCUUCUCACCAACACGCCUCAGCACACCGUUUGGCUGACAAGGUCCUACAUCGACUCUCUGCAGUGGGCCAGGCACUGGGUGGGCUCGUAAGCCAGAAGAAAAGACUGACCAAUCGUGUGCAGGAGCUGAGUGAGAAGAAAGGUGCUGCAUUCGCAGAGGCUGUGAAGGGAUUUGUGGAAAUGACAAUGAAGCGAGGGACUGAUCCCAAUGGAGCCACGGAGUCGGAGUUCUUACAGGAAGUGAGAUCAUCACUCACAUCACUGAGGGAGACGCUGCUGGAAUAUGCAGAAAUCCAGACAUUACUGGACAGCAUAACUGACUUAAAUGAGUCAGAGUUUGAUAUUCUGGUGGAGCUCUCCAUCCAUAAAGUGGCUCUGAAGCCUGUCUCCAACCACCUCUACUCCUGCAUAAAGACCUCCCGGACCAAUGAUGGCACCUUCGAGCAUCUCCAGAGCAACCUGCGCUUGCUGGAAAAGAACAGAGUGGAUGAGUUAGGGGGGUCGGCAGGAGUGGGAGUUCCCGACUCCCUCACACUAGAGCGUAUCCAGCAGAAGUGGAUUAGUAUGCAUGAGGCCUACUCCCCAAACAAGAAGGUCGAGAUCAUGCUCAAAGUCUGCAAGAGCAUUUAUCACAGCAUGAGUGCCAAUGCUAGCUCAGCAGGUAAAGUGUAUGGAGCAGAUGAUUUCCUGCCCUGCCUGACCUGGGUACUACUACGUAGCGACCUGGUCACCUUACAGGUAGACACAGAUUACAUGAUGGAACUGCUGGACCCCACUCAGCUACAAGGAGAGGGUGGCUACUACCUUACAACUCUGUAUGCCUCGCUCUACUACAUCAGCAGCUUCCGCCCACGUCUGGCUGCCCGUCAGCUCAGUGUGGAAGCCCAACAGUCUCUUAAUCAGUGGCAUCGUAGGCGCACCCUUCACUGUGACCAAUCGCGUCGCAGCAAGCACAGACGGACAAUUCGGAGGCAGGCAUGUCGGGAGGGAAGUAAAGACGAAAGCAGAAGUGAAAAUGCUUCAGUUAAUGCUGACAGAUCACAGGCACAGACAGAAAGCAACACAGACGCUCUGCAGACACUGAGCGAGGAGACAGGGGGGGAACAAGGAGCCAAGGACCAACCACAGCCUACUACUCCAACUUCAGACUGUCAACCUGUGACACAGGAACAAGAAGUAACAACAAGUAAACAGGAAGAUAACCAGACUUUUGAUGAAAGAGAAGACGAGGACCACAGAGGAGCGUAAUGAGGAAGAAGGAGAGGACCUGAGAUAAAAAACAAACAAAAAAAACAUGGAUGCACAUCGUCAAGGGAAGGUCAAAACUGCUUAAAAGCGUUUACUAAUCAAACCCUUUCUAAACCUGAUGAAAUCCUUCCAAAGAGGGGAAGGAAGCUUUUGAUUUGUGUCACUAACUCACUGGUUGCUGGUUAAAUAUGUGCCUAACUCAACCUGAGGGUUGGGACUCCUCCUGGGGUCUCAUGAUAAAGCUGAAGGGUCAUAAGAUGAAAGGAUGAACAUGAUGCUAAAAUGACUUUUCUUAAAUUUGAGCUGUUUUCUUAUAAAGUGCUGAGGCCAUAGCCCAUGACAAGUGGUCAUAUGUGGACACCGCUCCCUUGUCACGCUCCAAAAAGGUUCAACGAGCUGCUCUAAAUGAUAAAUUUAUUGUCAUAAGUGAGUUGUAAAGAUGAGACUUGUUACUAAAAAAAACUGUUUUAAUGGGUGCUUAUUUGGCCACCAUAAUCAGUGUAAAUGUGUCCCAUGGAUCAGUGUUCCCUCUCAUACUCAGGGGGGUUAAAUCUAAUAAUUGAUCACAUUGAUCAAUUAACAAUACAGUACCAGCCACGUUUAGACACGCCUUCUCAUUCAGUGGUUUUUCAUUAUUUAAAAAUUGUCUGCAUUGCAGAGUAAAACUAAAGUCAUCCAGACUCUGAAGAAAUACAUAUGGAAUUAUUUAGUAAACAAAAAAGCGUUAA